UUCGUCGGCAGGAUAUGACAGUCCUGGCACUGCCAAACGCUGACAAACACCGGAAAUGUUGAGAUUCUGUUUAUACAGGACAUGCAGCGAUGGCGUGGAUCAGAAGAGCUAUAGAUGGACCAUUUAAUUCUUUUCUUUGCAUUUUACUAUGGGCCGUACCAGAGUGUUGUGGAGCAAUUAUACGAGGACACGAGGGUGGUAGUCUUAUUUUACCAUGCCGGUCACUGGACAAAGUAGGUGUUUGGACUAAAGCCAACUGGACCAUCCUUGGGGUGUUUAAUACCAUCAACAUCCCAGAAUCCCCCUGGAAGGGCGUGGUCAGCGUCGCUGGAUCUGUCAACCUCAGAAUUCAAGCCCUUGAACCGGCGAGAGACAAUGGGGAGUUUGUGUGUACGACAGAUAUAGGCAAACAAAUAGUUACAGUUCAAGUUGAUCGCAGACCUACUCCUGGGCAGACGCGUGUGCAGAAAAAUGGUAAGAACAGACCAUUUAUCCCACCUAACAGGGAUUCUGAUUGGUCAUUGCCACCAGAUCAGGAGCCCGACGGAUCAGGGUCAGCAACGUCGCCACUUGCUGCUCAGCCUACAGCUUCAACGUCGCCACCUGCUGGCCAGCCCACAGCUUCACCGUCGCCUGCUACUGAAAACAGCACCCCCAUUUCACCCACUACUACUACAUCAGUGCUGAUCGUUCUCGGGGUUACACUUGGGGUGUUCUGUGUCACUGUGUUAUUUGUGAUUGGGGUCGUGAGGUGCUGCUACCGUCACCGGUCACACAGGAAUAGGCAAAAGAUGAAAAGACCUGCUCCUGACACAGCGCUCCACGAGGGUAGACAAGUGCACGGGGAAACUGUAGGACCCUGUUACACUCAUUUAUGGACAGACAGGGACGGCUACCUGGCACCCGUAAGGUCACCAGGCACUAUGGCACCAACGUACACCCAGUUACACACUGGUGUCUACCUAACGCCUGUUUCUCCCGCGACAAGGAACGCAGGUGCCCCGCGAGAAGCCGGCACGCGCAGACCCACAUCCAGUCGAGUCUAUGAGGAGAUCAUAAAUUAGAAUAUUGGCUUUU